UCUUAUUUUACAACAAAACCAAUAAUUUUAUUUAUUUAUUUUUCAGCUAGUAACAAGUUUCAUUUGCAUAAAGUCGGGGCAGUGGGAUCUGCGUUCCCGCCAUUCAAUUCUUUCCCAGCCCGUGAGAGGAGACUCGAUAAAAGCACCAAACUUGUCAUCAUCUAUUCAUCUUAAUCGUUCUCUCAUCUCAUGAAUAUGUAUAUUCGCCACUCCCUCAAUUCAUUGCUAGGGUUCCCCGUAGUGACUAAUUCCAUAUUGCGAUGCUUCUUGUUAUUUAAUUAACGGAAGGUAACUGCAUAUUGCAGAUACAUAUAUAGUGGGCGGUAAUGGUUCUGUUACUUCUGUAGAUUUAGUUCCUCGAUCAUGUGUUGUCAGCUGUUACUUUCGCUGGAGUUAUUGGUAUUGGUAGCCAUAUUAACUGUUUCUAAAUUGUGUGCGGGGACAAAGAUGAAAGAUCAUGCUUACAAAUUAUUACCUGAUCGGAGACAGAGGGACAGCUUAAAUUGGAUGACUUUCGCCACAGCGCUUUGGGCACAUGGUGCAAGGGUGCUAUUAUGUGGUGGCUGGUGGAUGGAUCUCCCUUAUUAUCACAAUUGUCAAAGGUCAAGCUUCAUCUUAGGCCCGAUGAUAUGUCCUAGGGACUCUUUCAACCAGAUACAGCUAUACUUUGUAGCUGCAAGAUUAAGGCACACUGCACCUGUGUCUGAUGUCAUCUUUACAAAGUAUAGUGAUUUUACAGCCAACUGUCUAUUCAAGUCCAAAUCCAUGAGAGCUUCCUUGCUCAGGGUCAUAUGCAAUAUUACUGUUGAGUUUGUACAACAGUAUGGCUAAAGCCAAUGUAUAGCACGUUCAUCAAGUGGGCAGCUAAGGAGAUGGAACACAGGCAAGGCAAGCCACUAAUUGGUCUUUCCACCCGUUCGUGAAAACACUGUUUACAAGAAAGGCAACUUUUGUGCACGUGGCACAAGUUCCCGCUGCAUCGACUCUAGAUGCUAUUCGACCUGCAAUGGAAGCACUAGUUGCAGAUGUCCUUCUACGGCAUCCUGACAUAGAUGUGAAGGUGUCAGUUGCAUCUUGCAUCAGUGAGAUCAUGAGAAUUACAGCUCCAGAGCAACCAUAUGAUGAUAGCAGAA